AUGCAUGUCAAGACUGCAUUGCGACUCAGCAGUAAUGAGAGUGACGAGGGUAGCGUUUUACGGGAACUCGCGAUACCAAGUGCAGCGCAUUUGGCGGACAGCAGGAAAGAGCGAACUUGGAGCAACUAUACGGCUAGACGUGACUCGCCGAAUGCUUUCUCACCACAGCUCAAGUGGCCUCCUUCGCCAUACUCGCCGUCUGCGAAUGCUUCGCUUGAUAAACGCUUGGCACCGGUGUCGCGUCAGAAGCGCAGUACACACCAAACACUCGGCUGGAAUCAGCCUUACUGGACACCAGCAAUGAACACGCCGAAGGAUGUCUACCACCGAGUCGAGCGCAGCCCUCUACUGGAGAAAGGAGGUCCCUUUCACGAGGUUGACCUGCACCAACGUGCCGAAUCAAAGCCAGAUCAGCCCACAGUACCGACGAACGAGGUGCAUCGCCAACCCACACGGCUCGCUCUUCUGGCUAGUACCACGAUCUGGUUCUCUUGUUUCGGCCUGCACCAUGCCUUCGGUGUUUUUCAGUCAUACUACACAACGCUCUACCCGACCAGCAGUCAGACAAGCAUUAGCUUCGUGGGAAGUACUCAGCUGGCUUUGAUGGUCGGUAUGUAUGCGCUGACGAGCACCGUCACGGCCUACAAGCAUUCAAUCCGAGCCGGUGGUAUGCUUGGCGCACUACUGGUCAUACUGGGCACCCUUUGCACUUCGUGGUGCACGUCCUUGCUGUCGAUCUAUCUCAUACAAGGAGUUCUAAUCGGCGUCGGCAUGGCUCUGGUACUGCAAGCUGCAUCUGUUACUGUCAUGUCCGACUUUGUGGGUCGAGCUGCAAUAAUGAUUCUGGUUUUAGCUCUUGCUGCUGGUCAUCUAGGAGGCAUCUUCUACGCGCUUGUCAUCAAUGAGCUACUGGUGCGAUACAUUUUUGCCACGGCCAUGCGUGUCCUCGUUGGAGUGGUUACAGUAACUCUACUACCUCCAGUCAUCAUGCUAUGCUGGAAGCGACAUCCGGAAGAGCCUCAGCAGCAGCCUGCACAGCGAGCCAGGAAACCAAAUUCUGCGCCACAAGCACUUUCAGCAUCUGGUAUCACCCUCGUUUUCCUCGGCUUGUACUUUUUGCCCACGUACAUGCCGGUAUUUGCAGCGACAGCAGCGGGCUUAGAAAGCGACCAGGGCGCUCAUCUGCUUGCUCUCAUGUGCGCAACGGCUGUCUUUGGGUGUUCCCUUACAAGCCUGGCUAUCUGUCAUGGAAUCAGAGCUGCCAAAGUGGGUGGAGCCUGUUCCGUUCUCGCCGGCAUCGUUGUCCUCGCAUGGCUCGGCAUUCCCGCACAAUCUUCCUUUGGCGAACUGGCUAUCCUGUCUACGCUCUACGGCUUAGUGAGUCCUGGAAUAUCGAUAUAUUGCCUUGCAGCACUAUGCACUUUGGGCCCAGAUUCCUAUGAAAUCACUGAUACUGCACGGGCUCGAAGCUCUCCACGCUGGAUCUCUGACAGACUUCCAAACUUUAGCGUCGUUGUCUUGAUGAUUUCCAUUAGCCUGGCAGCAGUUAUUGGAAGUCCAGUCGCUGGUGCUCUGAUCCAACUGCAUCCGAGUGCGAUCUCGCCAGCUUCAAGCAACGACUUCUUUAAGGCGAAAAUAUUUGCUGGUGCCACAUUGUUCGCGGGGGGCGUACUGUUGUUGGCGAGCAGCUAUAUUCGAACAGGAAAGUGA